CGUCCGUGGAGGUGGUGCGCGUUAUCGCUCCUUCGGCUCCUUUCUCAACAGUGCGCGAAAAGGAAUUUUCUGAUUUCUGCACAUACAUCUCAAGGCUCAUCCUCAGUAGGCAUGACGAAUGUCAGGAGCACGUGGUCGCUGGGAUUCGUAAUAUUUAUUAUAUCAGCACACGUGCAUGAUUCUCUCGCAAAACAUUAUCAUAUAAAAUUAAGGCACGGAAGGCAUCGCCGACAACAUGGCGAAAGUUAUCUACCUAGUAGCUUCGUAUCAGACACAGAUGAGCCCGAGAGAGGCAAUUGGGGACCAUGGUCGACACCCAGUUCCUGUUCGCGCUCUUGCGGUGGCGGGGUCGCCCAUCAAACUAGACAAUGUCUCGAUAUCGAUGAUAAUGGUCAUGACAAGUGUAUUGGUGCAUCCAGAAGAUUUUUCUCGUGUAAUAUUCAAGAAUGCCUUGGCGAAUCGACAGAUUUUCGUGCGGAACAGUGUGCGGAGUUUAACAAUGUACCUUUCGAAGGAGUUUAUUACGAUUGGAUUCCGUACAUCGGAAGUCCAAAUAAAUGCGAACUAAAUUGCAUGCCACGAGGAGAGCGAUUUUUCUACAGACAUAAAGUCGCUGUGGUCGACGGCACUCCUUGUGAAUCCGAAAAGAAUGAUGUUUGCGUCGAAGGCAAAUGCAUGCACGUCGGAUGCGAUAUGAUGUUGGGCAGUGAUGUCAAGGAAGAUGCGUGCAGAGAAUGUGGUGGCGAUGGUUCAGAUUGCAAUACCGUUACCGGCUUAUUUGACACAGAUGAUCUUCAAGUAGGAUAUAUCGAUAUUUUACUUAUUCCCGAAGGUGCGACAAAUAUCAUUAUCAAAGAAAAUUAUCCAUCCAACAAUUAUUUAGCCAUACGCAACACAACUGGGCAUUACUAUUUAAAUGGCAAUUGGAGGAUAGAUUUUCCACGCAGCUUGCGCUUUUCUGGUACGAUCUUUCAUUACGCUAGAGAUCCUCAAGGAUUUGCAGCACCCGAUACCAUCACGGCUCUGGGACCUACAAAUGAACCGAUUUACGUUGUGUUGUUGUACCAAGAUCGUAACGUGGGGGUGCAUUACGAGUACAGCAUACCUAAGAAGUUUUCGGCGCGUACCGAUCCGGAUAGUUACACUUGGGUAACCGAUGAAUUUUCAAGUUGCAGUGUUAGUUGCGGUGGAGGUUAUCAAUCGAGAAAGGUAGCUUGUGUACGGAGGCGUGACAAUCAACCAGUGGAUGAGAAUUUAUGCGAUCCGCAGUUGGAACCGACUGAUACUCAAAGCUGUAGCGAAGAACCAUGUCCUCCUAUUUGGGUAGAAGGCUCAUGGUCAAUUUGUACCAAACAUUGCGGCGAGGGAGGCGAGCAGACUAGAGAGAUAAAAUGUGAACAAAUCAUCUCAGGUGGAAUAGCUUCCGUGGUGGAUGAUUCUCAAUGUUUGGAAAAAGUGGGACCUAAAGGGCUUACUAAGCAAGAAUGCAACAAAGACGUAGAUUGUCCACAGUGGCACGAAGGGCCCUGGAAGCCUUGCGAUCAUAUAUGCGGACCUGGUAAGCAAAUGAGAACAGUUACGUGUUACAAGAAGGUCGAUGGCAAGAUUCAAGUGUUGGAAAAUGGAGCGUGUGAAGCGGAAAUGCCUGAAAAUGAAAAGACUUGCGAGCUGAGACCUUGCGCUGGUCUCGAUUGGGUUACCUCGGAAUGGAGCGGAUGCGAGGAGAAAUGUGAUCUCAUCAAAGAAACCAGAACAGCCCAUUGCGCUACUCAAGAUGGCACAGUUCAUCCAGAUAAUUUGUGUGAUCCAGACAAGAAGCCAGAAUUGGAAAGAGACUGUGAUAAAGCUAAAAAUUGCGAUUUUCAGUGGUUCACCUCGCAAUGGAGCGAAUGUUCGGCAAAAUGUGGAUACGGCGUUCAAAUGCGCAAAGUGUUUUGUGGCACUUUUAGCAACGAUAUUGUAAAGAAAGUUUCGGACGAGAAUUGUGAUCCCAAAAAAAAAUUUGAAAAUAUUAAAAAUUGCACUGCUGAAGAACCAUGUAAAGGCGAAUGGUUCGCAGGGCCUUGGAGCAAGUGUUCGAAGCCAUGUGAUGGUGGCGACAUGACUCGUAAAGUAAUUUGUAUGAAGGAUAACAAAACCGUACCUGUGAAUCAGUGUAACGCCGACAAUAUCAUAUUCUCUACUGAAAAAUGCAAUGAUCAACCUUGUGAAGAAGGCGUGAUACUAAUCGACGAGAAGCCAGAUGAAACGAUAGACUCGAAGGAGGAAGAGUGUGAGGAAGAAGAGGAAGAAGAACAAUAUGCUAUUGAAUUCAAUCUUCCUGGGGGAAAAAUUACAAUGGGCAAAUUAAUAGAGCAAAUAGAAGCAACAACUCCGAAUUUAUUAUUUACCGGAAGUGACACUUACGACAUUAUGUUUAGUGAUUCUACGAGAGGCGAUAUAUCACUUUCCGAAUUGGGUAGCGGCGAAGGUAGUGGUGACGAUAAUUUUACCAUGUUUGAUACUAGCUUAUUCACCGGCAGCACUAUCGAUAUUGGUUCUACCGUUGUCAAAGAGAACGAAAGUUCAGUUAGUGGAAUUACGACGGAAGGCAAAACCGGCACAACUGAAUUCGAAACAGACGUAAAUGAAUCAUCGGAUAUCAUCGAAGGAACUGACGUAACGCUUGAAGGAUCCGGUACCAGCUUUGAAGGAUCCGGUACAUCCACAGAUGAAUUUACUCAAGAAACUCAAGUCUCAGUAUCAGAAUUCGAUAGGACAACUGAACAAUCAACAGAUUAUUCCGUUACCAUGACCAGCGAAUUGACUAGCAAUGUAGAUAUCGAAUCAACUGUUAGUAAAAAUUCAGAAACAACAAUCGAAUCCAGUGAUACGACAACCGAUUCAGAUGAUAUAACAAGCAAUACAAACGAAUCAGCUGAUACCGAUAUCACUAUCACUUCAACAGAAACCACUGAAUUCACUGAAACAACAGAUAUAACAGAUACAACAGAUACAACAGAUACAACAGAUACAACAGAUACAACAGAUAUAGCCGAUACUGAAACGACCGAUCCGACAGAGAGUGAAACAACAGCAACUACUGAAUCUACAGACACAACCGAGUCUACGCAAUCUCCACCAAGUACAUUUUCAGAAUUAUCUUCAUCAGAAACGGAGAGUACAACAACAGGGACAAUAGAAACAACUGCAAGCGGGAUUAUCACAUCUGAAACAGCGAUGACAAUGAUUUCUCAACAAACAACAGAAUUGAAAAUACAAGGAGAGUACGAUUUCGGUUCGGAGGAACAGAUGCGGAGUACUGAUGCCAUAACUACGGUAUCAAGUCAAACAGACGAGAGUUACACUACAACAGUUAACACUAGUACAGAAAACACUAUUGUUUUUGGGAUGACUUCAUCGGAUGAGACUGAAACAACUGGUAGCGAAAUAACCGAAUCGAGAGAGACAACUGAGUUCAGCACUAGCACGGAAUCAGCUGAGAUAACAGAAUCCGGACUAACGACUGAAUUUAAUGAUGUUACGACUUCAAGCACAAUUGUCGAAUCGGACGCAACAGAAUCUAGUGAGGCUACCAUCACAGUUUCUACGGAAACGGAAAUUACGGAGGCUACCGAGUCAAUUAUGACGACUAAAUCAAGCGAGACAACUGAAUCGUUAAUUACAACAUCGUCUUUUGAAGAGACAACAGUAUCUGGCGAAAUCAUUGUGACAGAAAUUACGUCCUCCACAAUCAGUGAAGAAAUCGAUCUUACCGAAAAAACUCAUAUCACAGAGGUAUGGACAACCAGCUUUCCAGAUACAACGGCGCACAAACGGCAAUGCAAACCAAAGAAGAGCUGCAAGAAAACACCAUUCGGAUGUUGCUACGACAAUAUCACUGCUGCUCAGGGACCAUUUGGUCAUGGUUGUCCGAUGCCGCAAACAUGCAACGAGACACGAUAUGGUUGCUGUUCCGAUGGCGUGUCACCAGUCGUUGGUCCCAAGAACAAGGGUUGUCCAGCUUCACGUUGUAAUGAAUCACUUUUUGGUUGUUGUCCCGAUGGUGUUACUACAGCACAAGGAAAUGAUUACGAAGGAUGCAAGAGACCAUGUAAAGAAACAGAAUUUGGAUGUUGUCCAGAUAACGAGACUGCAGCUAGUGGAAAAGAUUAUUUGGGAUGUUGUAAUGUAACUGAAUUUGGUUGUUGCCCAGAUGAUAUUAAAGUCGCUUCUGGUCCUAACAACGAAGGUUGUGAGGAAGAAAUCACUUCUGAAACGGAGAUAUAUGAAAUAACAACACAAGCUGUUUCACUCGAAGAUUGUGCAAAUACUACUUAUGGUUGCUGUCCUGAUGGUAUUACCAUUGCAACUGGUAUCAAUUUUGAGGGUUGCGGUGUCAUUAAUAUCGAAAAUUGCAGCGCGUCCUACUUUGGAUGUUGUUCUGAUGGAGUUUCCGCGGCUCUCGGAUCGGACAACUAUGGUUGUCGCAUGCCAUGUCAUGACAGUAUUUACGGAUGCUGCGAAGAUGGAAUAACGCCAGCACAUGGACCGAACAAUGAAGGUUGCUGCUUAUCGACACCAUACAAGUGCUGUCCGGAUAACAGUCUGCCAGCCCGUGGGCUAAACUUCUACGGCUGUGGCUGUCAAUACACGAGAUUCGGUUGUUGCCCGGAUAAUUCGACGGUAGCGCGUGGACUAAACAACGAGGGUUGUGGUUGUCUAUACACGCCUUAUGGUUGUUGCCCGAAUCGAUUUACUCCCGCCAGCGGACGCAAUUUCGAGGGAUGCCCGUGUUACACUUAUCAAUUUGGAUGUUGUCCCGACGGUAUUACUAUCGCUAAGGGCUCUCAUGGUCAAGGUUGUGGAUGCGAGAAUACGAAAUAUAAAUGUUGUUCAGAUGGUAGAACACCUGCUAAAGGACCAAAUUUUGCGGGCUGUACCUGCGACGCAUCGCAAUAUGGAUGUUGUCCUGACGGAAUUGAGGAAGCUCAAGGAGAGAACUUUGAAGGUUGUAUCACAAUACCUUCGAUGCCUGGUGUCGCAUGUGGUUUGAAAAAAGACAGAGGCUCUUGUCGAGAUUUUACGGUCAAGUGGUUUUAUGAUACCGACUACGGUGGUUGUUCAAGAUUUUGGUAUGGAGGUUGCGAGGGUAACGAAAAUCGAUUCAAAACACAGGAAGAAUGUAAAGAAGUUUGCGUUCAACCAAAAGGAAAAGCUGCUUGCUUUUUGCCAAAAAUCUCUGGUCCUUGCGAAGGAUAUCAUCCAACGUGGUAUUAUGAUGCUGGCAGAAAGCAAUGCGGUCAAUUCGUCUAUGGUGGUUGCCUCGGCAAUGCCAAUAAGUUUAAAACAAGAGAAGAGUGCGAAGAACUUUGUGUCACACCGAACGACAUAGAUCCUUGUGAUCAGCCGAAAGAAGCAGGUCCUUGCGCAGGUAAUUUCACAAAAUGGUACUUCAACCGAGAAUCGCAAACUUGCGAACAAUUCGUUUACGGUGGUUGCAAAGCGAAUGACAACAACUUUCCGACAGAAAUUGCUUGCCACCAACAAUGCUUACAGCCAGGUCGAAGAAAAGAUAUUUGCACGUUGCCGCGGGCGGAGGGUACAUGCAUAGAGAAGCAAUCUCGAUGGUAUUUUGAUCAAUCGGAGAAUCGCUGCAUGCCAUUCUAUUACACUGGCUGUAAUGGCAAUAAAAAUAAUUUUGAAUCUAGAGACGCAUGCGAGUCUGAUUGUCCGCCUAAAAUUGAGCAAGAUAUCUGUCUCCUACCCGCUCUUCUGGGAGAAUGCCAUAACUACACUCAACGAUGGUACUAUGAUUCCUAUGAGCAACACUGUCGGCAGUUCUAUUACGGUGGAUGCGGCGGAAAUGAGAAUAAUUUCAUUACCGAACAUGACUGCAUCAAUAGGUGUGUAGCGGUUAUUACCACUCCGCCUCCACCGGGACAAGUUGAGUUCCAGCCAGAAUUCUGCUUCUUAUUCGACGAACAUGGUCCUUGCUCUGAAAAUCAAGUAAAAUGGUUUUACGAUAGUCGUGAUGGUGUUUGCAAACAAUUCCGAUACGGUGGCUGUCAGAUAUUGCAACUAUCCAAAAAAAUUACGAAAAUUUCAGAUCCUUGCACUCUACCAGAAGUGAUCGGUCCUUGUGAUGGUUUCGUAAAGCAAUUCUACUAUGACAAACGCACUGAUUCUUGCUACGAGUUCGAGUAUAGCGGCUGUCAAGGCAACAAAAAUCGCUUCCAGGAUAGAGAAUCUUGCGAGAAAAAAUGUAGACGGCAAACGGCUGCGAUUACACCGGAGAUUACUUCAACAUUAGCCACGAUAACUCCGCCGACUGGAGAACCAAAGAGUACGAUUUGCUUGGCGCCAGUCGAUUCUGGCGAGUGUAGUGACAGUAUCACCGCGUAUUACUACGAUGCCCAACAUCAGAUAUGUCAGGCGUUUAUUUAUGGCGGAUGUGGUGGAAAUGCUAAUAGAUUUCAAACCGAAGAACAAUGCGAGCGACUCUGCGGAAGAUUUCACAGACAAGAUAUGUGUAAUCUCGCUGUGGAUUCCGGCCCAUGUAGAGGUGCUUUCCGUAAAUAUUAUUAUGAACCAGGUUUACGUGUUUGCCGUGAAUUCAUUUACGGUGGAUGCGACGGCAACGCUAACAGAUUCAGUACAAUUUCUGAAUGCGAAUCUAUUUGCAUACAUCAUGAAGAGCCUGUACCUCCCGGAAAUGACACCAGCGUUUUAAAUUUAUCAAUCUGUAAAGAACCAGUUGAUAGUGGAUCUUGUACAUCCGGUGCUACAAAGCGAUUCUAUUUCGACGAGGAACAUCAAACGUGCCGGGCGUUUAUUUAUACCGGAUGUGGUGGCAAUCGCAACAGAUUCAAAACUUUCGAAUCUUGCAUUAACACUUGCCUUAGGACGAGUAAUGAAAUUGAUGUGGAUUCAAAGGAUACGAAAGAUCAAUGCGCAGAGGCCAAGGAAGAGUGUAAUAUUAUCCGUUGUCCAUACGGUAAGGAACAAUACGUGGAUUCGCAGGAUUGCGAACGCUGUCGUUGUGUCGAUCCUUGUAGAACAAAGAUCUGUCCUGAGAGUAAUCGAUGCGCCAUUACAUUAGUCGCUACGCAAGAUGGCACGGAAUACAAAGGCGUUUGUCAGUCGAUUGUUAAAUCCGGUCGUUGCCCAAAAGUAUCCAACAGCACAAGAUGUGAACAAGAAUGUGUUACGGAUGCGGACUGUCCUGGAGAAUGGAAAUGCUGUAACAGUGGUUGCGGCACCUCCUGUCUGGAACCUGCACCGGAAGAAGUUUCGACGACAACAUCACGGCCUACCGUUAUCCCACUACAAUAUGGUGGUGAACCUGCAAUGAUUCAACAACCCGAAGAACCUCAUGUCAGGGUGCAAGAAGGUGGCUAUGUUACAUUGAAAUGCAUCGCACUAGGAACUCCCAGACCAAUCAUUACAUGGAGAAAGGAUACUACAUUGAUUGGGCCUUCAGAGAAAAGACGGCGUAUACUACUCGAUGGAUCUCUUCAGAUCAUUAAUUUAUAUACUUACGAUAGAGGUACUUAUGUAUGUACCGCUGAUAAUGGUUUAGGGCCACCGGUAAGGGCGGAGUAUCAAUUAGACGUCACAGAACCAAAUGAACUUCCCGUCGCUAUCAUCGGAGAGCCCAAUACUCGUAUAACGGUGACGAUGAACUCGCCGAUAACUUUGCAUUGUUAUGCCAUGGGAUGGCCGAGGCCAUUUGUCACUUGGUGGCGUGGCGACCAAAUGUUACCUCUAUUUUCGGACAAUUACGAGCAAGACACUGAUUAUACUCUCUUGAUACGCUCGGUAACUCUAACUAACCUCGGCAUUUACACUUGCCAGGCGUUUAAUGGCAUCGGUACACCGGCCUCUUGGUCGACAACCUUGCAAGCAAUCGGACCUGUCUACAAUGUUAAAUCUGAACACGAAGAGUACACCAAAUAUCUUGUCCAACCACCGAAGAGACCCACUACCGAAAAACCACAAUAUCCUUACAGACCUACCAGAACGCAGUCUCCAGAACAUCAAACUUACGCUCCCGUCUAUUCCUCGAAACCACCUCACAUUCCUCGUGUUGUUCCUCUUGAAAUCACUACCACUGAGUCCAGUAGCGCCAAGUUCAAAGUGCCGGUCAAAGUCAAUGUGUCGGCAGGACAAUCACAAUUCCCUGAAGGCAGUGACAUAAGCAUCGCUUGCAAUGUUGAUGGUUAUCCGAUCCCACGUGUACUCUGGUAUAAGGACGACGAACUUAUUCAAACCAACAAUCGAAUAAAAAUUUCUGAACUCAAUCGACUUAUCAUUAGCGACGCAAAUCGGGAGGACUCUGGCCGAUAUCGAUGCGAAGCAGCCAAUGAAUUCUCUUCGGAUUCUGAUAACGUUGAUAUACGCGUAGCUGGUAUCUUUAUUCAUCCCCAUUGCCAGGAUAACACUUUUUUCGCCAACUGCGAACUUAUUGUUGCAGCCAAGUAUUGUACACACAAGUACUAUGCAAAGUUUUGCUGCCGAUCAUGCACAGAGGCCGGCCAGUUACCAGCGAGAGGACCUCAUAUUGAUAAUUCGAGAAGAAAAAGAAGAUUUAUUCCGCGAAUGCUUGUAUAAGAUAUCUAAUUGACUUUUCGAUAUUUCCGACACACGUGAUAACACGUAGGUAAAUACUAACAUAAAUAUCGAUUCUGGAUCGUAGCCGGCGGGAUUCGCAAUAGAAAAAAAUGAGAAAGAAAUUGCGCGUACCUGCUCUUAUCGGACGUACCGGAUAAUCGAUUAAUUAAAAAUUAAAUCACUGCCAAAGCCUUAGAGCGUUUAUACAUCGGUAUAAUAUGUAUAUGUAUACGAUAUAUGUGUGUGUGUGUGUGUGCGCGCGCGCGCGCGCGCACACACACACACACACACAUUCUCAUCUAAACUGUGCGAACUGACAUCACGCCAUUCGGCCUGACAUUCGGCCUGUGCGAUCUUGUUCUUCGACGUUUAUCCAUGUAUAUACGGUCUGAUGCUAAAUCCUAGUCCGAUGAAGCCAUAUUAGGCGAGGUAAUUAACUACUUGUUCUUAAAAGAUAAGUAGAAACGUCGCAAUCGCGCAUACCUUCCAGAUGACAUCCUAUGUUGUCAAAGUAACCAAUGUCGACUGCAGACAGUGCAGAUCAAGCGCGUAAUUUUGCGGAUCGUUUAUAGAAUA